CAGAGGAUAUACAGCGAUACAUCUGCGCACUAUGGAGGAGCAAAGAUACCCCGUCAACAUUUGUCUGACUGGAGUCAUGCACAAAAAUAGCUCUAAAUUGUACAUGACUACUGUUCUCUGGUCAGAUCACAGUGAGAUCACUGUGUACAGGUCACUUAAAGACUAUAAAACACUACACAGACAACUGAAGAAGAAAUUCCCUACUUCAAACCACAUUAAAGGUUCAGAAAGGAUGGUACCCAAGUUUAAAGCGGCAAGAGUCAUUAAGAACUUGCAGAAGUGGAACCCGAGUAAGUCAAUGCUGAGGCUGAAAGCUCUGGAUGAAUAUUGCACUGAAUUACUCAAGAGGGAUCCCAGUCUCUCCCAAAGUACCGAACUCAUGCAGUUCCUGCAACCCAACCCUCAGGACCUCAGUUCAGACUUGACAAAAAACAGUAUAGUGAUCAUGCCGUCAGAGACGUCUAUAGGCCUCAGUGAACGUAAAACUUCAGCCAGCGGCAUCACUCAACCGUUUGUUUCUGAAACAUACCGCUGUUUGGCCUCUUAUGAGAGCAAGGACACCAAAAACCGCCCCUUCAAGGUUGAAACUGAUGAGACAGUGGACGUGCUCAUUAAAGACAAAGGAGGAUGGUGGUUGGUGGAGAAUGAAUCUAAACGCCUAUGCUGGUUUCCUGCACCAUACCUGGUGAAAGCCGAGACCGACGAUGAUGCCAAUGAUGUAAUGGAGGAUGGAAGUGUUCUCUAUGUUGCUACCAGAAGUUUCAAAGCCAUGCACAGUGACGAGAUAUCUGUUGAGAUUGGCUCCUUGGUGGAGGUGUUGCAGAAAUCUGACAAUGGCUGGUGGAUAAUUAGAUACAACCGAAAGGCUGGGUAUGUACCCUCUAUGUACCUGCAACAGAACAAUAACCCACUGAUUCGUAUAAUACCAAUUCAGAAGCAGAUUUCCGCUCUUGACCUCUCAAAACUUCAGGGUACUGAAGACAGUUCCUUGUGGGUCUCCAACCGCAAGCUCAGCAGAUCCCAGGGAAACCUAGCGUUGCUUUCAGGAAGCACCCUGUCCCCUAGAGAUAAACAGAUGUCACAUUCACUGAGCGUACUCACUGAUAAUAGAGAAACACUCCAGACUCCACCAUCCAUCCAUGUGGAAUUUGCCGAGAACCAUAAGCGGGGCAGUCUGAGUGAGGACAGCGAGGAAAAUAGCAUAAGUGAUGACAGCAGCUCCAUAAGCAUCAAAUCGGCAAGUCUAUGCAGCACAGAGGAUCUGUUCAGCCGUGGGUGCACCACCAUGCUGAACUCUUCAGGCAGCCAUAGCCCCGACAGUGCCACACGAGGCAAGAUGAUUGACAACAGAUCAGAUCCCACUAUCAGAAAGAUGCCCGGCACGCCCAAAAUACCUCCCAGACCACAACCUAAAGAGAUAAUCAAACGCUGCACAACAGUCACACGCAAGAACCUGCAGAGAACCAGUUAGGUCGGCCGGAUUUCUGAAAAAUGGUGAUCUGAAUUUUGUGAUACUGCUAGUUUUGUCACAUGAGAACAUUCCAUGCCAGCAGAUGGCAUAAAGCUUAACACUGAUCAGAAAAGAAACUCUUGUCCUUGAACCACGAUUGCACAUUUAUUCCUUUAACACUUAAAGUUUGCCUGUUAUUCUCUGGAACAGAUUAUUAUUAUAGCUGUAUAAUACAAAAUGUUUUGCUGCCUGUUUUCCUUUGUUGCUGUCUGGAUGGGAAGGCAGCAGAUUUUGCUUUCACUAAAGAGAAAGUGAAAACAAACACAGCACAUACUGUUUAUGUACUGUAUCAAUUCAUCAGUUCUUUUUCAAAAUAUUUAUCUCAAAUGUGUGUCCGUCCUAGUUUGUCCUCUUAUAAAUCCUUCCAUAGUGGAAAUUAUUAUACGUGCCUUAUAUGCAUUCUGUACCUGUACAUGUGUUGCAGUAUAUCUGAACAUUAAGUUUUUUAUUUUUUGUCAAUACAAUAAAAUCCAAUAAAACCGG